AUGGCAGGUAUUCGUAGAAAGCAUUUGAAGCACAUCAAUGGUAAAAGUCUGAUUGGCAGAAUCACUCCAGUUGAUAGAGUCGAAGCAAACAAGAAACAGGAGCGUAAGGAGGGUUACACAGUAGUCAAUGGUAAACUUGUGAGCACUAGUGAUGUGGGUGUGUUGUUGAGACAGGCUACAUCGAAGGUGGAGGCCAGAAAGUUUGUGCAGUCUAAGAAGAAGAACAAACUAGAAAAGACUGGUCCAAAGAAUGGCAUGAAGUUCAAGAGAGAAGAAAGUUCAAGCAGAUAUCUUCAAUCAAAGAGGGAUAGAGGCAACAUCAAGAAUCACUCCCGUAAACCGGAAAACACACUUGUUAUUUCUACCGACAGCGACGUCUCCAAUAAGGUAUUACUCUUUCAAAAUCUUGCAUUAGGUGUUAACCAGGAGAGUCUGAAGACAGUUUUACAACAGUUAUCGGACGCUCGCAUCUCCAAAGUGAGGGUCAGAGAUUUGCCAUCAGGAUCUGCAACUGCCAAUGUCUGGCUCAUCAAUCCAAAUUCGCAAGAGCUGGAAAGAGUACGGAAACUAUUUGAUGGCGCUCUAGUUGACGGCCGAACCAUUAAGGUGACCGCGGUUCCGGAAUCUAGUCGUAACCUGUCGUAUUGA